AUGACGCACUCAUUACCCAAAGAUGUCGGUAUUAGGAAGAGUGAAGAAACUGAGGAUGCCCUUCACUUUGGGGCCAUUGCAAUUAUUCCGGAACCUAUCACCAAUCCCUCUACAGACAAGCUUGGCCCCAUUCCUUAUCUAGAUUUGAGCAGUCCUGAAGAUGCAGGAAUGUUCGAUGAUAUGAGGCUAAGGAAACUCAGGACCCACAAGACUGCAGUCAUUGAUAGAAUCGACGGCUUCUAUGUGCAGCGAAGCUGGACUCAUGGCGAGCUCAUGGAUUAUGUCACAAAGCUUCUCCCCAUUCCUAUGCGGUACCUGAGCCUGUCUGGUAGAUGGGUCAAUCCGUUCUAUGAUAGGAAGGAUCCCGACAGCAAUCCCGAAUUUUUUGGCCCGCUCACCCUGUGCAUUAUUUCUAGGGCCAGGGUUUCAGGCGUUACCGAGGACCUUGCAAGCUGGCCCAAUGCACCGCGGGUGUCGUUAGCUGAUCCUAUGGUAAAAUGGGCUCGGAAUGAAAACCCUAUUCCCGCUCCCCGCCCACCUAGUGACGACGAGAAUUUUCCUUCUGCAAUCACCUCAAUCAAUGAAGAAGGCAGCUAUAGAAAAUCCGGCGCCAAGGAGGCGGAACCUAUUCAAGCCAAACGCAGGCGGCCCAUACGCACUUACAAGGGAAAGGGAAAGGCCAGAGCUGCAUCCUCUUCUUCUGCUGGAGAAUUGUCGGGUUCAGAGAACAGAGGGGCAGAUAGCGAUGAAUAUCCUGGAAUGAAGGAAGCCAUAUCAGAGAGUCUGGCAACUACUCGCUCUCAAUCUACCUUCAUCCAGCAGGCUUCACAGUCUGGAAGCACCUCUCAGGCUCCAGCAUUUAUCUACGUCAAUGAUUCGGAUGACAAUAUGAACAUACAGGAGACCAUCACCACUUCUCUUGAACCUACAACACCUCCGGUACAUGUGCCUACCAGCCCCAGCAUCAUGAAUUUGAGUUUUGUCAACGACACUAUUGACUCAAAUGCGUUCACUGCUGCAUUCAAUGACUUCGGCUUCUGA